GGCGGGGGAGGGGCGGAGGGAGGAUCAUAGAGACGAAGAGGCUGCGGCGGCGGGAGCGCCCCUGGGCUCUCUCGGCUCGGUAGGCUCAGGUAGACUUCGCGGCGGCGGAGCUGCGGCUGCAGAGGCCGGUCUGGCGCGGCGAGCACGAGCUGCGGAGCAGGCCUCAGGGGUGAACCGUUUGAUGUUAAAGACUUGACUCCAUAAUCUACAUCUGCCCUAAUGCUGUCAUCCGGAGUAGAGACUCAGCCAGUUCCACUUGAUUCCUCCAUGUCUGCCGUGGUACAGGAAUUAUACUCUGAACUCCCAGUAAGUGUCUCCAAAGAGCUUCAUGCUGACCCUGAGCCAAGUGUGAUUCCAGAUGUAAAACCUGGAGCCUCAAGCUCUCUUAUAAGUCAGAGUAGGGCAGUGCCCUUGGAGCUGCAGAGGACUCAUGCGGAAAGUUGUUUUGAAGAAACCUCUGAGACCUUGGAUCAUGGGGGUGAGCCUGGGCGGUGUGGGCUGGUGGACUUCACAGCAGGUUCUGUGGCUUCUGGGAUCUUGGAUAGGGAAGAGAAAACAAAGAGCAUGGAGCUAAAGGUCUUCAGAGAUCGAGGGGACCAGGUGGAAAUUGUAAGAGACCCCUGUGAGGGAGCAAAGGAAGACCUGUGUCAACAUUCCACAGCCGCUGAAGAAAAGAUCAGCCCAAGUCAGGAGGACCUGAUGCCAUCGAGCAAAGAACUUUUAUGCACAGACCUCCCUGAAGAUUGUCUAAGGAGCAAAGAAAGAAAUGUACAAAUUACAGCUGAUACUAUGCUAAAAUCUACUGAAGAAGUACAAGGUAUGAAGGUCAAUGGGACUGAGACGGACACUAAUGAAGGACACAAGAAUGGCAAUGUGAGUAAAGGUCUGUCAGCUGGGUGCAGCGAAUACCCAGAAGUAGACAAAAUCAUGGCCAGUGGUGAGGUUUCAGAAACCAGCACACUAGUUUCCCUAGAGCCUUUAAACUUUGUGGACCCUGGAUUAACAGAAGCAACUCCUAAAGAAAAAGAAUGUGAAGAAUUAAAAACUUGUCCUUCUUGGUUGUCAUUAUUACCAGGAAACAGUGCCAUUUCCAAAGUGGACAAUGGGAAGGAAGAGUUGUGUAAGUUAAGCCUUGUCUAUGAAGCAGAUGACAAUCACCAACAGAUUCUUGGCCACCAUAAUGAAAAAUAUGGUUCUGCACAUGGCAGUCCCAAACCCAUGAGAAAUGUAGUUGUUGUAGAAACCUUAGAAGAAAAUUCAGAAGCUUCAUGUUUCACAUCAAGUUCGUCUGGUCUAGAAUCCAAAACAACAUCCUUAGAAAACUGUAGUUUUGAAGGUGAUGGCUUGCUGAAGAGGUCUGUUGAAAAGACAGACAAUUCCUGUUUUGUCGACGAUCAAAGCAAGAACUUGGCUUCUAGAGAAGAAAAUGAACAGUUUUUGAACCCCAGGAGUGAAAGAGGGAAACACUUUCUUGUUAAUGCCAGGCAACCAAAAGAGGAUGCUAGUGGUCAUUGUUCUGGAGAAAAAAAGACCAUUGCCUUCACAAAAGAAAAUACUCAUGACAGCUGUUGCACUCAAGGCAGUAUCCAUACAGACAGCUCUAGUUCUUUAAAGCCCAGUUCUUCUACCGAAGCCACAGAAAUAAUGUUUAAAAAAAAAGAUUUGAAAAUCACUUUAGACAUUCAAGGUAGCUUAAACCAUGAGGACCAUGGAGAGACUUUGACUAAUAUGAGCCAUCUUGGCAGACACUCUGAAGAGAGCAAUUUUUCCUCCUUGAUGCAGAUUGAGGAGCCAGAGCAGGCAACCACUAUCAAGCCCCGUAUGUUAAGUGAAAAGAUUUACAGUAAAGACUCUGACUCCUUAGUCAGCAUCCAGAGAAAUCUGGAAGGCAACACCCAGUUAAACGAAGUAUAUAAUGAAGUUAUGAUUGAAAAAAAAUCUCCUGUGAGUUUAAUGCCAGAGGACCAGAUAAGUCCUGUAAAUGAGGAAUCAAAACCCAAGAAAGACACUGCUCAGUUAUCACCGUCCCUAGAAUUUGAUUACAGACCUGAGUCAGAAAAAUCUGUACAGACCUCAUAUGACAAUAUUCCACAUUUAGAUAAACAGAACAUUGCCUGUGAGAUGAAUGAACCACCUUGUACUGAUGAACUGGUUGUAAACAAAAUGGAAAGUGAAUGUGUUUUAAAUCAAGUGUCCCUUAAUUCUCAAGAGCGUGUGAAGUUGCCAACUGACAAAGAGAUGCCUUUAGCAACAAGCAAGGAUUCCCAACAGAGCCAUCACCCUCCAUUAGAGGAUGAAGCAGAUGUCAUUGCUGAUACUCAAACCAUUCCCAUGAAGACAAAAAUGCAAGACAUCUCUCCACUAGGUGACAAAACCUGUGGUGCCUCUUCAAACAAUCCUACCUUAAACAUCAAACCAGGAAGCCUAGAAAGAAAAAACAAAAUGGCUAAUUCAAGAACAGAAGCAGCAGGCUUGCCUCCGGAGGUCUCUGUCAUGGAAUGUCAAAGUAUUCAAUCUCAGGAUCUCUCUAGCUGCUGUUGUGUAAGAAAAAAUGUACCAGAAGAGAGCAUGUGUUCUGCUUGUGCUGCUUUUGAGUCCAGCAGAAUCAUCCUGGAUGUUGAAAACUCUUUGAUAACCAAGAAUGAAACUACGUUUCAGCACAGCAACCUCCACUCCCCAGAAAGAGAAGAUACUGAGGAAAGUAGCACCCGUGGUGUGAGUUAUACAUCAGAGGAAAGUGAACUUGAUGGAAGAGAAACGAAAGGCGGUCUUUCAGGCGAUAAGGUCAGAAACGAAAGGACAGCAGCCAUGUUAAAUAGUGAAGCUUCAAACAGAAUCAUUCAUACCACUAAUCACAUCCAGCCCAGUGAGGAAGGGCCAGAAUCGAAGGAAGAGGAUAUACCCAGAGAGACUAUGUUUUAUAAAUAUAACGUCUCUGAUUGCGCCACACAAGAACUAAACCAAUCUGUAAACAUUCCAAAUCCUGAGCAAUUGUUGGACCAGUCUCCUACUGUUACGUUCUCCAGUUUUAAAGACGUGAACCAGGCAGUUGAAACUCUUGAUCAGAAGAGAGAGAAAGUCCCUGACUGCCAGAGUCACCCAAACAGACUAGAUGAAUACAGAAGCGAAGAUAAAUCAGCUAAGGAGACAGUAGGUAAUGACCAGAGAGAGACCGUCACAGAGCCUAUCAGAGAGGUAAGCCACAACCAAAAAGAUCUAGUCGAUUCAGGCAAUCACAACUCAUCUGGUGGUAGUUCAAAGAAAGGCAAUUUGAAAGGAGCCUUUGAAAGGAUUUCUGGUUGUGAGGAGUCCACAGACGGUAUGAUGGACAUCGCCUUCGCAGGCUAUAGUAAUAAUCAUACAGAAGGCAUGCUGGAUAUAAGAGCAUCCGGCACACUUGAUGGUGGCGCAUGGGAAGGUAGAUUGGCAUUACAUGAAACCUCAAGGAGUACCCUGUCUCAGAGAGAACGGAAUGCUUCAUUUGUAGAAAUGAUAGACCAGGAUUCAGAUUUCCCAGAGGCUACUUCCUCUACAGUGGAAUCUCUUGAAAUAAGAAAAUCAUGUGAAGAGGAAGUCUGCAGAUCAUUAAAAGACUGUGAAAUGGAAGUAUGUCCAGAUUCUUGUGCCAAUGAGAUAGAGUCUAUUAGAGAUCAUGAAACAAAUAUCAAAAUAUUGGAUAAGGUAAAUGUGUCUUUAAAUUAUAUUCAUCAUGAACAGCAAGUUAAAGAAGCAUCUCUGACAGAAACACAAGAAAUGAUUGAAAGAUCAAGACUAGAAAUAAAUUCUGAGUUUGACAAGGAAAAAACCCUUGGAACUUCCUCAGAAGAGUUGAUAUCUUCUAGACACCAAGGUGAGAACUCUGUUCCCCCAGGGAGCCUGAAAUCCAUUGAGAUAAUGCCUUUGUAUCCAUCUUCUCAAGAAAAUUCAGAAGCAGAUGUUAAUAGCGAAGAAACUGACCUGAAAAAUCUUUUUAAACCAAAAGAUGGUAAAAUGCUUCGUGAAAAUGGAAAGGACUGCACAGUCCUUCCUGAAAUGAAGGAAAGAGCACAAAGGGAUAGGACUAAUCCGAAUGAAGGAAACAGCAUAGACAUCAGUGUAAAAAAUUUGCCUUUGACAAUGGGAACAGAAACUAAAGUGAAAGGAGAAGAAACUGAAGAACAUCAGAGGGGACCACUGGGUCACUUAACUGUUGGGGAGGACUCUGGGGAGAUCAUUACCAGAGAAGAUGAUCAUGGUGAUAAUAGGAGUGAGAUUUCUCAGAUCCAGUUGAAAUCCCAGAGGAAGCUUGGUGAUACUAAAGAAAAAAGCCAGAGGGUUUUGGACUACAUGCUACAGAAGGAAGAGGAAUAUAUACACCAAAAAGAAGCACAUAUGUUAUUGGAACAAUGCACAUCAUCAACUCUGUUGUCGGAUGAGGUGCAAAACAAGAACCAACCUAAAGAUUGCAAAGAUGAGUUCACCAUGAUGAAAGAAAUCACAGCAAAGUUGGCCAAGGGCAGUGUCGCUGCACAGUGUCAGAAGUUGAAAGUCCCAGAGGAGGAAAACUUACGUCAUCCAUUUAAAAAGGACAUUGAGUUGUGCAUAGGUCCUUGCCUUCAUGGUCCCCCCCGGAGAGCACAAGACCCCAACUCUGCUAGAUGUGAUGAAAUACGUGGUGCCUUUGGGAAUGCCUCACAUCAGAGAGGAGUGCUUCCCCUAAAGAAGCAGCCUCAUCGAACAUGUAAGAAAGUUUACUGUCAGGAGCAAGUCAACGUGGGGAGAAAAAUAAGCAAAAUCAGAAAUUCUGCCUUUUUAAAGAGUUCCUCUGAAACCAUCCCCACAAAAGCACAAAGAUUUCUCAGUUUGUAUGCUACAUCUGCGCCCACACGACAGGAACCCGAAAUAGUACCUGCCAGGAGCUUUGUUAGCCAUAUACCAAAGCAGAAGGCUACUCCGUGCCAUCCCUUAAGGAGCCUGAAUGUCAGGAAGCCUACCAAAGAAUCAGCCUUACUCAUCAAGCUAUCCAACCUUGCCUCCAAACUGGUCCCAACAACAAAGACCCAGAAACUGAGACACCAGCGGUGUUCCUCUGAACUUCUUCCCGUGGCUAAAAGCUACAAGCGGCUCAGAUACAAAAGGCUCCUGGAUGGGUUUUCACAUAAUACAAUGCAGCUGAGUCCAUAUUUGACAGCUGCUGGAUGGGAUAAGCGGCCUAACAGUAAACCCUUGACACUUUAUCCGCUCGAAACCAUCAAAAUGAGCUUCAUAGACUCGAGCAACAAGAUGCCAUCACUACUGUUUGGUUCCGAAAUCUCAGUAUCCUUUCAUGUGAAACCAGGCUCUGAGUGCAUGGCCGAGUCCCCAAGGGCUUUUCCUGAGCACUGCGCUCCAGCGAGGCUUGCCCUAGGAGAGACUGCCCGGUGCCCUUCUCAACCUCCCAAGUGGACCUUUUCUUUCUUCUUGUCCCACGGUUGCCCUGGGAUGGCCACAUUCAGGGAAGACACUGGCCUCCACGGUCAGGCACAUGCCCAAGCUCCUCCACAGCCUCCGGUUCCUCUCCAAGACUGCGGAGGCACUGCCAUAGUCCAGACCAGAGCAGGCUGCUCUGUCCUUGGCCUUCACACACUCCUAGCACUUUGUUCCCCUGGAUGUUACCGAAUCUGGACAAAAAAACGGAGCUUCUCCAGUCACAUGCCUACCAUGCAGAGGCUCUUCAUGACCCAGUUUACACAGGGCUUGAAAGGCUUACGGUCUCCAGCCUCCAUAGCAGACAAGGUCUUCUGUUCUCUGCCCUACUCGGUGGGCCGAGUGCUGUCCAUUUGGAGCCAGCAUGGGCCUUCUGCCUGCCCCUUCGAAAUCUCCACUCUUCAUUCCACGCACAAGCAGCUGCAGCCAACUCGGGGCACAACAAGCAGCCACACCAUGUUACCAUAUGUGCCUCUUCCGGGCAUGGAAGCUACGUACAACACCAGUGGCAGUCAGAUGAGGCUAGAGCCUCCAUUCCCUGCCUUGGUACCAAAGUCUUGCUUGGUAACAGACUCAGCUGUCAGCAAGCUCCUGCUUUCAGCCUCUGAAUUCCAGGUUCCUGGAUUUGAUGAACUGGAUGGUGUGACAGCAGCGUGCCCCCAUCCACAGAGUAGCCCUCCGGAACAGAAAGAGUCUGAGCCAGAGAAGAGGCCAAAGAAAGUCUCACAGAUUCGCAUCCGGAAAACCAUUCCAAAGCCAGACCCUAAUCUUACCCCCAUGGGCCUUCCUCGACCCAAAAGGUUAAAGAAAAAGGAGUUUAGUUUAGAAGAAAUAUAUACCAACAAGAAUUACAAGUCUCCUCCUGCAAACAGGUGUUUAGAGACCAUCUUUGAGGAACCUAAGGAACGAAACGGCAUGCUAAUCUCAAUCAGUCAACAGAAGAGGAAGCGAGUUCUAGAAUUUCAGGAUUUUACAGUCCCACGAAAGAGGAGAGCUCGCGGUAAGGUCAAGGUGGCAGGCAGCUUCACCAGGGCUCAGAAGGCAGCGCUGCAGAGUCGAGAGCUGGACGCCCUUUUGAUACAGAAACUAAUGGAACUGGAGACCUUCUUUGCCAAGGAAGAGGAGCAGGAGCAAGCAUCUGGUUGUUGAGAAGCAGAUUGGUUUGGGGGUCUCAGUGUUAGAUUUUUCUGGGCCUCCUUGGAAGAGGUUGCCUAAUUUUGCUGUAUGCCCAAACCACUCAAAAUGCAGUCCAUGGAUUUUUACCUGUUUCAAGAUGCAGCCUUUUUUGGAACUGGUGAAGGAGGGUCCUCUACUUCUACUGCUGAGUAUAGAACCUCAGGAAUGCUCCCUUUCUCCUGGAAAUGGUCCCAAAUGACAUCUUGCCGCCUCCUCCUACUCUGGCAUCCACGGAAAGAGGACACAGCAUACCUUCAAGUAACACUAGGAUUCCAAGGACUCACAGCAUUUGCACGUCCAUGUGAAAGUUCUGCAUUGUUUACGGUGGUGCUAGACCAAGAUUAUUUAGAGACGUUGCCUAGGGAGGUUUACCUGGCGUCCUGUCCUAUGUGGUCUCACUGGCUCAUUUCAGUAGUUGAGGAAAGAUGAGCUUGUGAUGUUUUCUAAUCCUUUGAGUUCGUCUGCCUAGAACCUGGGGGGGGGGUGUGUGCGCGUGUGCGUGUGCGCGUGUCUGUGCGUGUGUGCGUGUGUGUAUGUGUGCGCGCGUAUGUAUGUUGCUUUUCCCCAUCAUUUUUUUUCUCCCCUCUGUGACUGUGGGUCACUAGUGCCAGAGGAGCCCGUCCAGGCCCCAUUCGAAAUAAGUUGCACUUUUUAAUGUUGUGGUGUAGAUUACUUUCAUUUGUUUUCUUUCUUUUUUUUUUUAAUUGCUGCAUGUUUGGAGCCUUUAAAUGUGAUUUUAAAACAAAAUUUUUAAGACAUUGAGGAGAAAGACAGUACAUGUCUUCAGAAAAUAUGAUAUAGGCAUUUGACCCAGUUUAUCUCAGUGCAUGGUAUGGGACAAUUUUUCCAUUCAUAUAUUUCAAGCAAUUCCUUCCCCACCUCCACCUUCUAGUGUAAUUCAUUAGAGGGAGCACUUUUUUCAUCUGGGUUCUCAUUCUUGCCCACUAAAUAGAUGGAUUUAUUUUAAUGACAGAAGUAAGAACAGGUUUCUCUCCCAGUCAUUUAAAAAGUACUAGGAAGGUUGGGUGUGGUCUUAAUGGGUUUUAUCUGAAAUAGUGUUAUGUAACAAAGCUGGGUACUGACAGCUUGGGCAGUGGUACCGGCCGACCCAGAGUGUUUGCAGCAGUCAGAGCAACCUGCUUUGAGAGUGGGGAGAGGUGACGCGCUGUGGUUCAAACCCAGUGAUGCGUUUUUGUGCUGGGAUCACGGAAUUUCCAUGGCCAGCCCUCUCUGAGGACACUUUAUUGUACUCUGGGCUCCUGUGUCAUACCUACUGGAGAUUCUGUAGAAGCCGGAGUUCGGUGAGUUUCUUCUUUUGUACCCACAAGAGUCUGUGGGCAGAAGGAUGCUGUGUGGGUCAGCAGGCCCAGAGCUUUCAUUCCUUUUCCACUAACCCCUGUGCGCCCUUACCCUGCUUCCCCUCCUCUCCUUCCCUGGUGUUUUAUCCUUUUUUCUCUCUCUCAAAACAAGAGUUCAGAGAAUUAACAUUCCUUGGCUGGUGAAUGGGAUGCCAGAUUCAGCCUCAGGACACUGGUCACCUCUUCCCAUCCUCCUAGGAGCCACUGCUGGGAAGCAGCCGCCAGUGGCAACUGUCGGAGCUCCAGAGACAUUUUAAAGUUAGCCUGUUAGAGGAGAGAGAGUGGUGCCGUCCUGGAAUGUGUCUCCUAGGUUUCUUUUGUUUUCUCAUUUGUCAGUGGGUGGGGGAUGGGUGGGGUGGGGGGUCUCUAUGUGCCUUUCCUUUGCAGGUUGACAGUCUAUGCCACACUGGAGUAGAAAAACUGACAUGAGCAAGAAAAAAACAAAGUGCCACGUCUGUCUUCUAGGCUCACUGCUUCAGACAUAGCAUUUAGUAAGUGAAAUAAAUACACACCUGGUAAUCCACGGAGGCUUCUAAGGCCAUGGCCAAGUAGCAUUAGAAGAGAGCCAAGUUUCCACUCUGGCUCUGAAUGAUGUGAACCAGAUUCUACCAUUCUAUAUCCACUUCGCCUAGACUGUGUAGACAUGACCUGUGUUUCACCUCAGUACCUCUCCCUUCCUGGGACAGGGUCCUUAGACACUAAAUGCUUCUCUCCGUCUUUUUACUUAAGGGAGUGGGAUGAGUAAUACAUUGUGCCAUUGUACAAAUGUUUUUAGGGAACUCCUGCUGGACAAGCUCACAAGCUCCCAGUGAGUCAGCAGAACCCUGUUUGCUAGCUCCAUUGCUAGUGUAGACGAGUCAGUGAUGUGGCAGCCAUGUCAUCUCACAGACUAAACUUGAGGUGAGCACAACUGUGGUAUCACCAUCAUAGAGAUACAGCUUCGAGUUUGCCCAUUAUAAUUUGCAAGGGCCAGGUGCAGUGAUCUGGAACAUUGCCAUCUGGGAAGGGAGAACUGGAGGAAACGGAGAGCUGGGCUCCUCCUUUGUCCCGAGAAUGUAAGAGAGAAGCUGCUGCUCUGAGGCCAAACCUGUCUGUCUUUGAAAUUCUUGCCCUGCCCUGUGGCUAGGGCCCUUCCCAUGCUCCAGAGUUAAGAAGGGCCGCCCCCACCCCCUCCCCGCUGCAAACUUGAAAUUGCUUACCUGAAGUUGGUACAUCGGGUUCUAGCCAUGCUCAGCCACACCUGUCUUAACAUCUAUUUUCACCAUUGGCCUAACCAGCUGCAGUGCUAUCUGUGGUCCUCGGAGCCUGUGGUACCUGCCCGUGACGGGAGACGUUAGUCGGCUGCUGGUUUGCCACCUGCCCAGAGCUACAGGAGGUCUGGUUCCGGGGUGAGAGUUGGUACAAUUUCUGAGUUUGGGGACUUCCCACUGAAGUGGUGGGGAGUUACAGUUCACUAUAACUUACUCAACUCUGGAGGUUUGGCAUUGUUAAUACGGGAAAGAGGAGAAAUCUCAGGUCCUAUCAGGGUUCUGCCUAUCAGUUUUUCACUGAAACUUUCAACUAUGGUUUUAUUCCAUCUACCAGUUUAUAGCUAUAUUUGCCUCCCCCACCCACCUUCCCCUUCUGGUCUCCUUUCCAGCUUCAUUUCUCCAUUAGUUUAGGUGUACUUUAUCACCUGUUAAUAGCAGAUUAUGUCCACUUUUUCUUACUGACCUUACUCUGAGAGCUACAGCUGAGGGAGGUACAGUGGAAAGAUAUGUAGCGUUUGCCUUACUUGGAGCCUGAAGAGCUCAGAAACUCAUGCUGUGAAUUCCAAAACUCAGCGCUCCUCCAAGAGCUGUGAAAAUCAUGACACUUUGUCACAAUUUUGCCUGAAAGGGUCUUUUGAGCGGGUGCCAGGGCCAACCUGAGGUAAAUUCCAGAUCCCACCCUCUGGGCAUGAUCCUCCCCCAUGGCGCAUCCCCAGCCUGCCCAGCCACCAGCAGCACUGAGUGCAGGCUUCGGUGCAGCCUAGUGGAACGCAGAGCCAGUGGUCGCCUCCAGGCUGGGAUUCCAUCUCAUAAUCAAUACCAUGUACAUCAAGAUCCGCGAAAGACCAACUUUUAGGCAGUGAUGCUUUUCUCCCAUUACGGGGGUGGUGGGGGAGUAUGCAGUUGGUGCUUUCUUUAAUUCCCUUGUUUUGUUUCUGUAAGCUUUUCCCUCGGUAUCAUGGAAAGGACCUCUUAGACACCACAUUGUGGGUGGCUGUUCCAAAGUCUAAAUUGGCCAGAGGUGCGGAGUGACCUUUCUUGGAUUCAUGCAAGGGAAGGGCUUCUUACCACAAUUGAACUUCUUAUGUAAAAAGCUGGCUGGGGAGGAAGGCUCGAUUUUAACUAAAAUCAGAUUUUAAUAUUACAUAGCCACAAAUUGAGCAGCCUAAAGGCUAUUUUAAUUGCAAAGUGAGGUUCCCCAUGUAGCCCGCCAAUCUAGUACAACAUUCUUAGAUUUGAUGCUUGUUCAUCGUGUCUUCACAAGCCCUUCUCUGGUGCUGAAUUGGAUUUGAAUUCUUGGUGAGAGGUCUUAGCAUCUUUUGGGGCUGGUCUGGGCCAGUACAUAGCUGCCUGUGUUUAUAUAUUAUCAUGGUCAAUAGUUCAGUGAAAUUUGUACAUUUUUUGGUAACAUUGGCAUACAUGAUGCCCCUGCAGUUCCUUUUCUGUUUGGUAGUUUGUGACUCUAAAAUUCCCACUGUUAUGUGUGUUAAUUUAUGAAAAUAAAAAAAUUUUUUUGAAAACCUUU